AUGAGCGACCAAGCCUCAAAAGUAAGCAACAGUAUAGUGGACGAUGCGAAUCGUCCUGAACCUGCUGCAUCAUCCUUUUUAGUCUCCCAUGUUGAUCCUUUGAAAAGUAAUGAUGAAAACGAUGAAGAUGUUCUGGAAGGGGUUCCAGAUGUAAGAGAUGUCCGAGAGGAGUCGGAGGAAGACACGGCGGAAAAGAAUGCACGUGAGCAGGAGCUUUUGAUGAGUAUCCAAGAACUUCAGCGUCAGCUGUCAAUGGUACAGAUUCAAACGGACAAACCUGAAGAAGAGAUUGUUCCUCCCGUAAUGGAUGCAAGACACCGAUUGAUUAUGGUAUCUAAUCGAUUGCCAAUUUCAUUCCAACGUAAUGAAACGACUGGAGAAAUGAGUUUUAAAAUGAGUUCUGGGGGAUUAGUGACUGCUUUAAACGGUAUUCGAGACCAAGUACCAUUUAUUUGGAUUGGAUGGUUGGGCGAAGAGAUUCCACACGAUGAACAGAGUAAAGUGCGGGAAAAACUCGCAUCGGAAUUUAAUUGUGUACCCGUUUUUUUGACUAAAGAAAUUGCAUCGCGAUAUUAUAACGAUUUCAGUAAUGACAUUUUGUGGCCCAUUUUCCACUAUGUUCCGUUGCCGCUCUUUCGACCUGGCAGUGAGAAAAAAUUUGAUUUCCGUCAAUGGGACGCGUACAAAUUAGCGAAUAAACGGUUUGCUCAGGCUGUCAAUCAAGUUUAUCGAGAUGGAGAUUUUGUGUGGGUACAUGAUUAUCAUCUGAUGACGCUGCCUUCGUUGUUACGAGCACGUCACCCUCAGUGUAAGAUUGGAUGGUUUCUUCAUACUCCGUUUCCGACAGCCGAGAUGUACCGUACGCUUCCAGUAGGACGUGAAAUUCUAGAAGGGUUACUAGGUGCGGAUUUACUGGGUUUUCACACUUACGACUAUGCUCGACUCUUUAUUGCAGCCUGCGCACGUGUACCUGGUGCCUCAACGACGCCAAAAGGUGUGGAACUUGGUGACCACUUUACUGCAAUUGGAGUAUUCCCCAUUGGUAUUGAUCCGGAACAUUUCGAAGGCAUUUUGAAGACGGAUGCUACUCAAAAGCGCAUUCGAGAACUCACUGCAAAGUUUGCUGGAUGUAAAAUUAUUAUUGGUGUUGAUCGAAUGGAUUACAUUAAGGGAAUACCACACAAGAUGCUUGCAAUGGAACGUUUUUUGUCUUUGUACCCGGAACGAUGCAAAGAUGUCGUUCUCAUUCAAAUCGGCGUCCCAUCCCGUACUGGCGUGGAGGAAUAUCAACAUUUGGCUGCGAGUGUGAAUGAAAUGGUCGGACGAAUCAAUGGACGCUUUGGGACAUUGACACACUCGCCAGUGCAUUAUAUUCACCAAUCUGUGACUCCUAGUGAAUUGGUAGCACUAUAUAACUUGGCCGAUGUUUGUCUUGUGACGUCUCUGCGCGAUGGUAUGAACCUUGUAAGUCAUGAAUACGUCAUGUGUCAAACCAAAUCUUGUGAACCCCAUCGCGAAGGACCGGGAGUGCUCAUUUUGAGUGAGUUUGCGGGUAGUGCUCAGUCGUUAUCGGGUGCUAUUCGUGUGAACCCGUGGAACACGACAGAUAUGGCAAAAGCUAUUGCCUGUGCGUUAGAGUUACCGCUAAUGGAUCGUGAAUACCGCCAGACGAACCUCUAUCGUUAUGUCAAGACGCACUCGGCAAGUUUUUGGGGCAAAAGCUUCCUGACGGAUUUGGAAGACUUGGUGUCCAGACCGCGUGCUGUUGUGAAAAAAUCGGUGAAAUUGCCGACUCUUGAAGUGCUUGGAGCGUAUACACGUAGUAGUCAGAGACUGCUAGUACUGGAUUACGAAGGAGCCUUGUCUGAUGACCUGGUAGCAGCAGGAUCGCAACAACGCAGCAAUGUGGCACCUCCUAAGCCGUUUGUUAAACGCCUUAUCGAAACUCUUGCCAGCGAUUCUCAAAAUACCGUCGUGUUGAUUAGUGCACAUGAACGAAGUGCGAUUGACAGUUGGCUAAAGGAUCCCCGAGUGGGAGUCGUAGCAGAGUCGGGCUACUUUUAUCGCUUGCCAAAUGACAGUGAGUGGCAAGUGAUGACUGAAGAUACUGAUCCCUCGUGGCAAAAGGUGGUGCGACCUAUCAUGCAGUACUUUACUGAACGAACUCCAGGCAGUCGAAUCGAAAGCAAAGAGAGUUGUCUUACUUGGCAUUAUGGUGAAACAGACCGGAUUUUUGGUCCAAUGCAAGCUCGUGACAUGCAAGUCAAUCUUGAAGAUGUGUUGUGCAAUUUACCCCUUGAGGUCAUUCAACGUUCAAAUCGUGUGGUAGUUCGACUGCAAGGAGUUACGAAGACGUUGUUGCUUGAUGAGAUUAUGAAGCAAUUUCGAGUCGAUCGAGAGAAUAAAGGACAACACCAGGCCCACAACCAACGAAGUCCUCCACCAAAGCUUGAUUUCGUUUUCUAUGCUGGCAACGGUGUUGAGGAUACCGAGCUUUUUACGUACUUUAAGAAACACAUGGAAUUGGCGAGAAAAGACAUAUCUGAUCAAAAUGCUACUACAGCAACCACAGACGCGUCGUCUAGUGGCUUUUUCACUGCGGCGUUAUCAAAGCAAGCCAACGUAUUUACUUGUCACGUUGGCAGCAGCAAGACCGAGGCCAUGUUUUAUUUGGAGCGUCCUUCCGAUCUUGCGCGGAUGCUAAGAGCUUUGGCAGUUCACAGUCGUGACGGGAGCACGCCAAAAAUCCAAAGUGAUCAAACGACAUCUACUGACCUGACGAAUCGAGAAUUAUAUGCUUCGGCAUCGAUGCCGUCGCUUUUAGCAUGA